AUGUACCGAGGAUCGCUGUUGAAAAUUCCAUGCUACAGACUAAUGUUUUUCAAUGGAAUUAUCGAUAUUGUCGAAUUAAUGGUGACUUCUAACAUUAUGGCGUUUUUUCAUUUCACGGGCGCUGUUUUUUGUUCUUCGAUGGUACUCAGCUGGAUAAUGGGUCAUCUUGGAUAUAGUAAGCUUGAGCGAUCACGUUAUCACACAAACACACCAUCGCUUUUGUGCACAAAUUACACAGUAACAUACAAUACGUUUGCUAUAGCUAGCCAAAUAAUUAAAUCACCGUUUUCCAUCAAAUCUCUGCAAGAGCAAGAAUAUGAAAAUCACAAAACGCUUAUUGGUUGUGAAUGGAAACUACAAGGAUAUGCUUCAAUGAAUGAAAGGGGAAGUGUUAUUUGUAAAGAGAACUAA